UGGCUGCAACGGCCCCACGGUGCAGCUGAAAAGGGCUCUCACCUGCUCCUUCCUCAAGAGUCAGCCAGCAGCCCUGCUGACCGGAUCCUAGUGCUCAGCCAUGAUAAGAAGAGGACUCCAAGGGGCAGCAAGACUGAGCCACCACAGAGCCCUUCCUGGUGCCGCCCCCAUCCUGCCCAGACUCAGCCCUGCCUCAGCAUUUGGAUCCUCCACAGACUCCCUGGUCUCAAGAUUCUGCCCAGAGAAGACAGAUUUCAAAGAUUAUGCCCUUCCCAAUGCCAGCUGGUGUCCGGACAUGCUGAGCCUGUACCAGGAAUAUCUGGAGAAGACUAAGGCUGAUGGCUGGAUCAAACUGCCCUCCUUCAAGUCCAACAGAGAUCACAUCCAGGGGCUCAAGCUCCCAUCCGGGUUAGCAGUUACCUCGGACAAAAGCGACUGGCGCAUCUUCACCAGGUGCAUCCUGGUGGAAGGACAAGGCUACGAGUAUGUCAUCUUUUUUCACCCAUCAGAGAAGAAGUCCGUCUGUCUUUUCCAACCAGGCCCCUACUUGGAGGGGGCUCCAGGGUUUGCCCACGGAGGGUCCCUGGCAGCCAUGAUGGACGAGACCUUUUCUAAAACUGCCUACCUGGCUGGAGAAGGGCUGUUCACACUAAGCCUCAACAUCAGGUUCAAAAACUUGAUCCCCGUGGGCUCUCUGGCUGUACUAAACAUUGACGUGGAAAAGAUUGAGGACCAGAAGCUUUACAUGUCUUGCAUCACCCAGAGCAGAGACCAGAAGACAAUCUAUGCCAAGUCCUCAGGUGUUUUCCUUCAGCUGCAGCUGGAACAGGAGUAACAGACACUCUGCCUUCAGAAGAGCCUACCCCUGACUGUGCUGCCUGCCUGGGACCCACUGCAGGACAGGGAGGGCUCCCCAGGGAAGCCACUGAGGAGGUGAGGGAGGGGGCCCUUUCCUAUGAGCAAAUAAAGUUUCACA